GCGGAAAUGAGAUCCCUUCUUGUCACCACCCACCAUCAUGCGUGUCGUAUUCGCCUCAGCUUGGUUCGCGCUCCUCAGCACCACCCUGCUAACCGUCCUCUUCGGUGCCGAGCCGGUAUCAGGAUUGAGCUUAGCGAACCUUGGGAGGUAAGCAUUUCUGGUUCGUCUUCGCGGGCGUCGGAUGCCACUGAUAAACGAUAACAGCAACAUAUUUGGCGGAUAAAAAGACGCUGUUGACAAAGCGCACGAUGGCAUGAACAAGGCGCUUUCUGACGCCAUUCAUCAUCUGGGCGAGCUCGACACUCCAGAACAAUUCUGGGAGCAUAUGCUUUCACUCGGCCAUCAUGCUCAGGACUACGCUGCGUCUCUCGUCCACGAAGCUGUGCAAGAGGUUGACGCGACCGCCGUCGCCCAGCUACGCCAAUUUCAAUACGUGAUACAGGUAGUCGUCUCUGACACCGAGGACCUGAAAGAGGUCAUUGCACAAGCGGGAGACAAGCCAUUCGACGAGAUUCAGCAUGGUAUCGAGAAGGUAUUCGCCGACCUUCUAGAGCAGUUGAAGGGGCAAGGCAACGUGUCUCUAGUCAUCCGCAAAGCAGAAGAGGCCUUUAUCAGGUUAAGCGUGCAGGAUGGGAUGUCGGAGAUGCAGCUUCGGACGCAUCUCGACCCGAUCAUGAAGCAUGUCGAGGAUAUCGUCGUUACUAUCGGGGACUUGGUGGAACAACAUCCGGUCUUGCUCGAGACCUUGAUUGUCUCCGGCAUCAUGCUCACCAUCCCAGAGUCGUGGCUCCUACGUCCUCUGUUCAGGCUCUUCGGCAUGUCCACUGAGGGCCCCGUUGCAGGUUCCGCGGCGGCUUGGGCUCAGCGCCGCUUUUACGGCGCAUACAUCCCGAAGGGCAGUUGGCUCUCGCACCUGCAGCGCGCAGGCAUGAAGGGCGCGUCCCGGUGGAUCUGGUGAAGAAAGCCGUAGGCGGUUGCAUUCUGGCUGGCGGCUUGUUCGCGGGAGCCUGAGAUCGCGCGGCACUUAUUUGUUAUUAUCCAUUGCCUGAUGUAGUGUAUGUGGG